GGGAAUCGCCUCGCCGUUGAAGCGAAAGAAGCAUCUAGAAUUCGAAGAACAUCUCUCCAUGGCAAAGGAAAAGGAAAAAGAAGAAGAAGAAGAGGGGGGGUAGAUAAUUCUAGAUCCUUCUUUUUCUUCACAACAAAAUGAGGAUUCCUAAUCUCAACCGUCCAUUCAACAAGCUCUCCUUUAAAUUCCCCCUCAAAAUCCUCUCCCCCACGCCACUUGAUUUAUUAUUUUCUUCUCUUGCCGUGUCGCCAGGGCUUUCUGUUAUAUUCUUUCCUCUCCAAACCAAAACAAACAGAGCCAAAGCAGUUUGAUCGAGUAACUAAGAAAGAUCGAAAAAAAAUGUUUGGAAGAGCACCGAAGAAGAGUGAUAACACGAGGUAUUAUGAGAUUCUGGGUGUUUCCAAGAACGCUUCCCAGGAUGAUUUGAAGAAAGCUUACAAGAAAACCGCCUUUAAAAACCAUCCUGACAAAGGCGGUGAUCCUGAAAAGUUUAAAGAGUUAGCUCAAGCUUAUGAGGUAUUGAGUGAUCCUGAGAAACGUGAGAUAUAUGAUCAGUAUGGUGAGGAUGCUCUCAAGGACGGAAUGGGCGCUACUGGGGCCCAUGACCCGUUCGAUAUCUUCUCGUCCUUCUUUGGUGGUAGCCCCUCUGGAGGAGGUAGCAGUCGUGGAAGAAGACAGAGACGGGGAGAGGAUGUGAUUAAUAAUAUGAAGGUUUCUCUAGAGGACCUUUACCUUGGGACUUCAAAGAAGCUUUCUCUUUCCCGCAAUAUAUUAUGCUCGAAGUGCAAUGGCAAAGGGUCGAAAUCAGGUGCUUCAAUGCAGUGCCCUGGUUGCCAGGGUUCUGGUAUGAAGGUCUCAAUCAGGCAUCUUGGUCCUUCCAUGAUUCAGCAAAUGCAACAUCCCUGCAAUGAAUGCAAGGGUACUGGUGAGACAAUCAAUGACAAGGACCGUUGCCCUCAGUGCAACGGUGAGAAGGUUGUUCAGGAGAAGAAGGUGCUGGAAGUCAUCGUAGAGAAGGGUAUGCAGCAUGGACAGAAGAUUACAUUCCCAGGCGAAGCAGAUGAAGUGCCUGAUACCAUUACUGGGGACAUAGUCUUUGUCCUUCAGCAGAAGGAACAUCCAAAAUUCAAGAGAAAGGGAGAAGACCUGUUUGUGGAACAUACCUUGUCUCUGACUGAGGCUUUGUGUGGCUUCCAAUUUGUACUUACCCAUCUAGAUGGCCGACAACUUUUAAUCAAGUCAAACUCUGGGGAGAUAGUGAAGCCUGAUUCCUUCAAGGCAAUCAAUGAUGAGGGGAUGCCCCUGUACCAGAGGCCAUUCAUGAAGGGCAAAUUGUACAUUCACUUCACUGUUGACUUCCCUGAUUCUCUGAGCCCUGAUCAGGUUCAAGCACUUGAGGCUAUCCUGCCGCCAAAGCCAACCUCUCAGUUGACUGAUAUGGAGCUAGAUGAGUGUGAGGAGACCACGCUACAUGAUGUGAAUAUUGAAGAGGAGAUGAGGAGGAAGCAACAGGCAGCACAGGAAACUCUUGAUGAAGAGGAGAUGCAUGGUGGUGCCCAGAGGGUGCAAUGCGCACAGCAGUGAUGAUGACUUUAUAGUAGUUGAACUGGGAGUUUAUGGUUUGUUGCAAGACAUGUCUUGCAUGGGUGGUGGGUGAGUGGUGGUGCAUGAGCAGAAGAUGUAGGAUACUCUAUGAACCAUGUGUUUUUUAUCUUUUCUUGGCAAAGAUUGCCAUUCUCAUAUAAUGUUUCUUGCUGGCAAAUUGGAAAAUAAGUUCGCCGUUGAUCUACUGUUAUACAAUAUUAGAUAUGAAAGAUUCUUUGGUGCCUGCUGGUAGAGAA